ACCCACAGCAACAGGCCAACAGCUGAAACAUAGUAACGCAUUCGUCACACAACUCAACGAAGAAGAAGAAGAUCGACGAUUAUAGAUACGUGUAUAGAUACGAGUGAAAAUCGUGGAAAUCUAGACAGAGAAACAAUCGAUUUGCAUAUAGCUUCGUUAAAUUGGUGGGGGAAAAGAAAAUUGAAGUUUGGAAGCAGUAAAUAGUAAUACAUCAAUGGGUUCCAUUUUAGAACCGGACUCAAGUAGAAACACAAAACCUCCAGGAAUCAGAUUCGUAGAAUGCACCAAGAAAUCAAACAUCUCAUUCAAAUCCCAUCAAGCCAUUGUUCUAAUCGUUACGUUUCUCGCAUACGCAAGCUACCAUGCUUCCCGUAAAACCACCAGCAUCAUCAAAAGCGCCCUCGAUCCUCAAACUCCCGACGAAUCCCUACAAUCAGCCGCAUUUCUACACAGAUCUAACGCGCUUCAAUGGGUUCUAGGAAGCGGGUGGGCCCCAUUCAAUGGCACAAACGGAACAGGUUUGCUCGGAGAUCUAGACUUGGCGUUCCUAUUUGUAUACGCCGUCGGCAUGUUCUUUUCAGGACAUAUUGGCGAUCGAAUGAACCUAAGAAUCUUUCUAACAAUCGGAAUGCUGGGAACGGGUUUAUUCACUUCAUUAUUCGGUGUCGGAUACUGGGCAAACAUUCAUUUCUUCUACUACUACUUGAUAGUUCAAAUGUUAGCAGGGUUGUUUCAGUCAACCGGAUGGCCUUCUGUAGUUUCAGUCGUCGGGAAUUGGUUUGGGAAGAGUAAGAGAGGACUCAUAAUGGGUAUUUGGAACGCCCACACAUCCGUCGGAAAUAUCGCCGGAUCAUUGAUCGCAGCCUACUUUUUAAAAUACGGGUGGGGGUGGUCAAUGGUGGUUCCCGGUUUGAUGAUCGCUUUUGUUGGUGUUCUGGUUUUUCUGUUCUUGCCGGUUGAUCCUGAAUCGGUGGGAGUCAAUCAAGAUGAAGAUGAAUCCGGGUCGCCUAAAAAGCAGGGAUUAUCUCAACAUUUACUGAGCUCAAAACCCGAUAACGAGAAAGGAAAGCCUGUUGGAUUUCUUGAAGCUUGGAAAAUUCCAGGGGUUGCUCCUUUUGCAUUUUGCCUAUUUUUUGCCAAAUUGGUGGCCUACACGUUUCUCUACUGGCUUCCGUUCUACAUUAGUCACACAGCUAUAAAUGGUGAGUACUUAUCGAACGAGGCGGCGGGGAACUUAUCCACAUUAUUUGACGUAGGGGGUGUGGUAGGAGGAAUCCUAGCCGGUCAUAUAUCUGACCGGUUAGGGGCUCGUGCUAUUACGGCAGCGAGCUUUAUGUACUGUGCGAUUCCCGCGUUGUACCUAUACAGAAGUUAUGGACAUAUAUCAAUGUCUGUAAACAUCAUCUUGAUGCUGGUCACCGGGAUGUUUGUUAACGGUCCAUACGCUCUGAUCACAACCGCGGUUUCGGCUGAUCUCGGGACUCACAAGUCUCUGAGGGGAAACUCCAAGGCACUAGCGACUGUAACCGCGAUUAUCGACGGAACGGGGUCGAUUGGUGCCGCGAUCGGACCGGUGCUGACGGGCUACAUUUCAACUCGGAGUUGGAGUGCGGUCUUCACCAUGCUUAUGGCGGCGGCUUUUGUGGCGGGGUUGUUUCUGACGAAAUUGGUGGUGGCGGAGGUGACUGCUAAAUGUCAAGAAUCACGAGGCGGUUCAAGUGGUGGUGCCGCUAGGUCCGGUGCGGUGGAAGAAGUGUGAGCAUUUGUUAUCAUUGGUGGUGAAAAUGAAGAUUUUGUUAAAAUGUGUGAUAUGUGGGCAAAAUUGUUAAAUAUUUAUGGUCUCUACUUCAAAUUGGAGAAGAGGGAAAGGGCCUUGUGUAUUCAUUUGUAUUUUCUCCAAGAUUUUUAGGAUAUGGAGGAGGUGAUAGGGUAGUAAUGUUUGUACAAGUAAUAAUCAAUACCCCAUCAUCAAAAUUAAACAUUUAGUUUGAUAAUUUUUGGAUCAUAAUAUUUAAGAAACUAUGGUUCAAAUCCUCGUUAUUCAA